UUUGGCUCCCCCAUCGGACGGAUCGGAGUUGGCGAGCGACGGAGGAACCCUAACCUAUAUCAGCGAAGAAGAACAGGUGCGCGCCCCAAAUUCCGUGCUAUUACGCAGGCGACUACCGAUGGCGGCGCUUCGAGUCGCGGCGAGGAGGCUCGUCGGCGGUGGCCAGACGCCGGCGGUGGCUGUGGACAAGGCGCAACGCCGGCUCUUCCCGAGGCUGUCCCAGGUCCACCGGGUUAGGUCCACCACAUCCUCCGCUGCUGCGGCGGCCAAGGGCUGUGAUUGUGAAGAUCGGGAGAAACUCCUGAGAGAGAUCCAUAACAUGAGAGAGGAGCUGUACGAUAAGGUUUCGCACGCGGAAAGGACCUACGAUAUCCCUGGCAGGGCAGGCAAACAUAUCAGUCAGCUGCGCGAGGAGCUCGCCGUGCAAGUGGAUCCUAGACCCGGGGACAGCACAUGGCGCGAGAUGCGAGUGCUAGAUCCACUUGAUCGUUGCAUGGGAUUUGCAACUUUGACCUUCAGCUUGUAUGUGCUCAUGAGCAUGGCCGCUGGUUAAGAUCGUUGAAUUGGAUCCAGAUGAAAAGCAAUGGAUCCAGAAGAAAAGAGGGGAGGCGCGCAAGCAAAGUGAAACAAAAUGAUUGAGGGCCAUGUUUAUGAACGGCACAGGUCCAAUAAAUGGUUGUUAGUGUGCGAAAAAUGCUAGUAAUGGAGGCCGCGCUACAGGCAGGCACACACAUGCAAAGCACCUGGGCAUCUUACACGCAUCUGACAUGUAGGCACAACAUCGGUCGCUGUAGAACUCCUGUGCAUGCAUGCUGUGGACGAUUGUUGGCCAGCGGAGGGUACUAGCGGGCAAAGUGCGACGUGGAGCAUUUGCGUCCAGCGAACAUCCAUGGGUGUUACGUUUUCACCAUUUGCUCGUGACUAAGCAAGCAAGAUUAUUUUUGAUCAUGUUAAUUCGGAUGUCUGAUUUCACCAGCAAAUGCACAUCGAUGUGUAAACUGA